CACUCGCGGGGGUGAGGGGAAGCCGGAGGAGCCCGGGAGCGGGAGGCGGCGGCGUUGGGUCCCGGCGGCCUCCGGCAGGACUGACAGCUGAGAAGCCGGAAGGCAGGCGCGCGCGGCGGAGAGGCGGGCGGGAGGCCGGAGGUUAUUUAAUGAGAAGUGCCAUAGACUGAGAAACGAAACAUGAGGGUAGCAGGUGCUGCAAAGUUGGUGGUGGCCGUGGCAGUAUUUUUACUGACAUUUUAUGUUAUUUCUCAAGUAUUUGAAAUAAAAAUGGAUGCAAGUUUAGGAAAUCUAUUUGCAAGGUCAGCAUUGGACACGGCAGUGCGUUCUACCAAACCUCCCAGAUAUAAAUGUGGAAUCUCAAAAGCUUGCCCUGAAAAGCAUUUUGCUUUUAAAAUGGCAAGUGGAGCAGCCAAUGUGGUGGGACCCAAAAUCUGUCUGGAAGACAAUAUUUUAAUGAGUGGUGUUAAGAAUAACGUUGGAAGAGGGAUCAAUGUUGCCUUGGCAAAUGGAAAAACAGGAGAAGUAUUAGACACCAAAUAUUUUGACAUGUGGGGAGGAGAUGUGGCCCCAUUUAUUGAGUUUCUGAAGUCCAUACAAGACGGAACAAUAGUCUUAAUGGGAACAUAUGAUGAUGGAGCAACCAAACUCAAUGAUGAGGCACGGCGGCUCAUUGCUGAACUGGGGAGCACAUCUAUUACUAAUCUUGGUUUUAGAGACAACUGGGUCUUCUGUGGUGGGAAAGGCAUCAAGACGAAAAGCCCCUUUGAACAGCACAUCAAGAACAAUAAGGACACAAACAAAUACGAAGGAUGGCCCGAAGUGGUCGAGAUGGAAGGAUGCAUCCCCCAGAAGCAAGACUGAGGCAGAGGAAGUUGAAGGAGACGCACUUUGACCAUUAAUGACGGAGCUGUGACAGAGAAGCUAUGUGUAAAUACUUUAAGAGCAUGCAGCCAUCUAGGUGUGUGCAUGAGCAUUAUCUCUUUUGAUAUCAGGAUUAUUUAUUGCUAACGUAAAUAGAUGCCUUUGUAAAUAGUCAUCAUAAUGAGCAAAUCACUGCACCAUUUCUAAGCACAUUUCCAUAAUAAUAGUACAGGGGUUAGACUGCUACAGUAAUGACAUCUUUUAAUUCUACAGGCAUACCCAGUGGAUAACUGAACCGAUUGUGAAAAAUAUAUUGAUAUAUAUACUGGUUGCUGUGAAAACCUAUCAUGGAACAAUAUGGAUUUUAGGGAGGAAACUUUGUUUUCUUUUAUAUACAUAUCUAUAUCUAUAUAUUUUGCUUUUUAAUGAUAGUAUCUUUUAAAUUAAAAAGAUAUUUGGCUAGUUGUGUGUGUAAUGUUACUUUACAGUCUGACUCUCUGCUUUACUUUUUUUCUUAGUCUUUCUCUUCCCAAAAAAACCUAGAAAUAAAGUGAUAUGAAAAGCUGUUUCAGAUAUGUGAAAAGCACAUGCAAAAAAAAUUUUUUUUUAAUAUAUACAGUAAAAAUGUACAUCUGGAAAUGUAGAUGGUAUCCAGGACUGUAGUUUGCUGAGCUUCGUGUUAGCAGUGUGAGUAACCACCUCGCAGAAGCUGCUUAGAGCAAGACUGGGGGAAACAGCCCCACGGAGCUGGGGAAGCUGGCCAUGUCCCUUGCCCAUCCCAGCUAGGCGGUACAGGGCAGCCGGGUGGUGUCAUUGAGAGUACCGCCGGCAUAGAUUUCCUUAUUGAACUGUUGUCAGCAUUGACCAAGUAGUUUGGAAAGAGGCCUGCUUUAAUAUCACAAUUAUUUUGAUGAUCAGCCAAGAAAUAUAAUUCUGUAUUUACUUCAUCUAACUUCAUAAUAGCAAUUUAUGUCUGAAGAUAUAGGGACUUAGAAAAGUCCUAAUUAACUGAGUGGAGUGAUACCAUUGAAAAAUAAUUUUAUUUGAUCCCAGAUGACUUCAUACUCCAUUCUCCAUAAAAUCUUGUUAACUUGAGAUGUUCACUAAAUGACUCAAGGUGUGUGUGCAUAUAUAUAUAUGUACAUACCUAUGUAUGCACAUAUAUAUACAUAUAUAUGCGCACACACAUAUACACAUACUCAUACUUUUAGGGUGUUAAAUACAAUUAUGCAUGAAGUAAACUGGAACAUAAAUUAAUGAUCAAACUGCUAUUCACAGUAAAAGGCAACACUUAAAUUUUGAAUAUAAAUUUUAGAUGACUUGUAUAAAAAAAACUAAAGGCAGUAUUUUUAUUUUGCCGUAAACCAACUUGAAAGCUAUUCAGCUCUUUCUUAAAUAAUAAUGAGCUUUGGGGUAUUGGUUCUUCUCAAACUGAAUGUAAUUCAAGAAUAAAUGCACCUUAUACAUUUAAAGAAUUUUUGUAAAUUUUUCAGAUUUCUGGUGCUCAUGUGCUAGAUCACGUCAGCAUGUAUAUUUUGACAUUUAAAAUACUUCCCUAGAUUAUGUAAAUUAAAAAGAAUAGCUAUUUUCUAGUUCCAGGAAUGGUGAAUUGAUGUUGUAUUUUUGCAUUUUUUUUUUAAAUAAUGGAAAUACUCUCGGUUUCGCAUUGUGAAUUGUUUUGUUGUAUUAUCUGGCCACGUAACGUACCUACAGAGCUUCACAGUAAUGUUUGUCAAGCAUUUAUUGUACUGCUCAGCGUGGAACAUCUAAGACAUUCCUGUGCUCGAACACACUGAUUGAUAUCCUCAGGACCUGUGUAUACAAUUCAAGUGUCCAGAUGGCAAGACUCCCUUUCAAGGUGAAAAGUGUGAAGUGACAGCUUUGCGAAGUUCUACAGAAUGUCACAAGGAGGGACAAAGAUCUGUUCUGUGGCAGCGUCGGUGCAGUUCGCUUUCGUUUCACUUCUCUCCUGUAUAGAUGGUGCCAACAUUGGAAGCAAUAAUUUUCCCACACUUUAUUUUCAGAUAUCUUGUAAAAGUCUGCAUUGUAAAUGUAACAAUGUUCAUUUCAUGUUAAGAAUUUUCUUUAUUAAAAUCAGAAAUUUGGCAUUGACAUUUUGGUAUAUUAAAUGGUGUAUAAGGACUUUGGGAUGCAUAUUUUUUAUUUGAAAUCACAAAUCUUUUUUUCCAGAACAAGUGUAUUAUAGUAUGCCUAUUAAAAUUAAGCGGAGGCAAUAGGAAAAUAAUAAUGAUAUUGGGGAAUUAAAGGAAAAUUCAGCCAGAGUCUUUAUAUUCCUGACUUGAAGUUGAUUAAAGUUUAUCAUUGUUCUGUCUA